AUGCCGUCGCGAACGCUGCCGACGUUUACUCGCGCCGAGGUGGAAUCGCACGCGUCCGCCGCCUCGUGCUUCGUCACCAUCGGCACCAAGGUGUACGAUGUGACGGACUUUGUCGACGACCAUCCUGGCGGUGGCGACUUGCUGCUGGAGUAUGCCGGCAAGGACGUUGAGGACAUUUUGAAGGAUCCGACUUCUCAUCCCCACUCGGAGGCCGCGUACGAUGUUUUGGACGACUCCCUAGUCGGCUUCGUGGUCCCCGAAAAGGCUGUGGGCUCCAACGGCUCCGCGCAUCCCAAGGCCGAGGCCAACGGCUCGGCGAAUACGGAAACGUCGACGCCCUACGUUCACCCUCGAACCGGUAUGUCCUGCGAAGAGGACUUGAGCAAGGAGACGGACAUUGCCCAGGACUAUCAGAAGCACAAGUUCCUCGAUCUCAACCGGCCACUUUUCCUUCAGAUCUGGAACGGAGGCUUCAGCAAGAAAUUCUACCUGGACCAGGUCCAUCGUCCGCGGCAUUACAGAGGCGGUGAUUCUGCUCCGUUGUUCGGAAACUUCCUCGAGCCGCUCACCAAAACUGCCUGGUGGGUGGUGCCUACUCUGUGGUUGCCGUGCGUCUGCUACGGUGUCUAUCUGGCAAACCAAGGCCUGGAGACUCCCAGCAUCACCGCUGCCUACUGGGUUUUCGGAGUUUUCCUCUGGUCAUUCAUCGAAUACUGCAUGCACCGAUUCCUUUUCCACCUCGAUGACUAUCUGCCCGACAACAGGGUCGGCAUCACGAUGCACUUCUUGCUCCACGGGAUCCACCACUAUCUGCCCAUGGACAAGUACCGCCUAGUCAUGCCGCCCGUUCUUUUCGUUGUGUUGGCCACGCCGUUCUGGAAACUGGCCAAGUUUGUCUUCUCGUACAACUGGUACGCGGGCAUGGCAGUUUACUGCGGCGGUGUUUUCGGCUACAUUUGCUACGACAUGACGCAUUACUUCCUGCAUCACCAGAAUCUCCCGCUGUGGUACAAGCAGUUGAAGAAGUAUCACCUUGCGCACCACUUCCUUGACUACGAACUCGGCUUUGGCGUCACCACCAAGUUCUGGGACACAAUCUUCGGCACGGAGCUACAGCCCCUCAUCAAGACGAAGUGA